CUCGUAUUUUUGCACCAAUCCACCCAAGUGGUAGCACAUGACGACUUCAGGGACAUUGCCUUUAAAACGAAAAUUAUUGUUAUUAGUUAUCGACCCUCGUGACACCCACAGGCCACCAGGGAUGUUGUUUUCAUUUGUUUCUAUGAGUGAAUUGCGCCGAGUCCAAGGCGGGGACUACGAACAGCGCAAUCGCCCUGGAACUCCCCAGUUUUUUCAGUAACCUCUAAGAGAGGGAACUUCAGUGACUGAAUACCACAACAUCUCCACAGUCGGUAAACUCGUGUUGCAUGGGCUGUGAAGGACAAACGCGUCGCCGAUCUGUUUGUGCUAUUGUUCCUGGAUUGAAUUCCAUCAUUAUUAGCUGCACCUACGUCAUGACUCAUCACCAUCGCCGUCAGCUGGACAGUUGAGGGGUUGGGAGGGGAACAUAAGCCGAUUUUGAAGUGUAAUUGCUAUUCAUGGCUUCGGACGGAUUGAACUCUACAGGCGCCAGUGGAGUCAAUAACGGAAUGAAUAGCCCUCGUAUUCAAGUGAGCUUACCGACCAAUUUAAAAAUGCCACCGCGUUCACCGAGUCGUGAAUCGGUUGCCACCGAAAUGUCCGUCUCAAGCAGCUACCUGUCCGAAUGCGGAUGGCAGAACAAAUUACCGGCACAUCUGAGCUUCCUGAAAGCCGUCCCAGAAAACCAGCAAUUAUCAGCGUAUCUAACACCGAAUCGCGGCCCAAGUCCGAUACCCGGCAGUGGUGGUGGACGCUUUCUUCGAGUGCCCGGCGCCUCUUCCGUCGGAGGGCGAUCCAUGGACGGUGGCCUUGGCAUCGGUUGGUGGGAAGAGGAAACGGAUCUCAACGUCAUCAAAAGUUGCGCCGCCCUAUCCAAAGCCCUCGGACUCCAAAAGAGUUUCAGCACCGGCGACAUCGUCUCCCUCGACGACUCUGGAUCGCCUGCCCACAACAAUGGUGGAGCGUUGAGGGCGUGUGUGUCGGAAGUGGCCAUGGGCGGGAUUCAACAACAAUACGAGCGAAUGCAUCCUGUUUUCGGAAUGGGCUCCCGCUCUUUAUCGACUUGGGUGGCGGUGGGAGAUGGCGCAGCCAUUCAGAUCUCAUCGCAGCUUCCCUCUCCCCAAGGCCGUCCCACUUCUGUUCACGUUGACGCCAGCAAAGCCGAUGCGGCGGCUUUCUGCGGUGGAGUCACAUUCACACCGGCCGACCUUAUUCUCAAUUUAAACAAGCGUGUGAGACAAUGUUACAUCCGACGGAGGCUCCUAACUACUUACAAAGCGCUGGAACGUUUGUCGCAAAGUCAAUUUAACUUGGACCAGAUUGCCGCCGUUGCCGAAGCUGCCGGCCAGGUAGAUUCCGUGCAGUCGGAACUGUCACAACAGCAGCUUUUCGCUACCGGCGAUGAAGCGUUGAGUGCCAAAGCCGGGCCUGGUGGCCAUUCUUCCCCGCUGGAUGCGACGUGGAUCAAGAGCGCCCUUACUCUCAAUGACGUCGAACGUGAUCAGGGUCGGCCACUGUCCAAAUAUAUGAGAAAUAUGAUGAUUUUCAACUGGCUACAUACAUUAGAGGACAGCCCAACUGAAAUGCUCUAACCAUGCAUCAAUCAACGAGCUAGAACGACGAAUACCAACAAACAAUGGUCAGGCCUCUUGGAAAAAAAGAAGAGAACUUCAUUCCAGUUGGAUGUAGAGAUGGACGAUGCGAGAUCCUAUUCCUCCUAUUGCGACGGACAAAUAAAACGAACAUGACGGUAUUUCAUUCAGCGAAUGAUUUAUUUUCAUAUACUGUAUGUUGCACUUACUUGUGUGUCUACUUUUCCAUUUCACGAUUUCUUCUUCUUCUUUAUAAACGAACCGCAUUGUUCGAUUAAAAUAUAUAUAACACUCAUUUUCGGCUUUCAGGGCCUGUGGCUUAUUCUACUACGAUUUUAUUGUCUGUAUCUUUGUUUUUUUGACGUUAUUUAAUUUCUGUUUUCUAAAUUCGAGCAGCAGCAGAAGUCGAAACAAGUCUGAAAAAGAAGUUAAACUUUAGGGUAAGAACGUGAAAGGACUGUCAUUUCUGCGAAUGCUCUUUAAAACGCUACUUGAAAAUGAUCUGCAAAAUUACUCGACCAAUACAAGCUGAGAAUUCAA